AGUGUGGGCCCCUUAAUGAAUGAGGGAGGCAACCUAGUGACAGAGGAUGUGGAAAAAGCUAAUGUACUCAGUGCUUUUUUUGCCUCUGUCUUCACUAACAAGGUCAGCUCCCAGAUUGCUGCGCUGGGCAUCACAACAUGGGGAAUAGAUGGCCAGCCCUCUGUGGAGAAAGAGGUGGUUAGGGACUAUUUAGAAAAGCUGGACGUGCACAAGUCCAUGGGGCCGGACGAGUUGCAUCCGAGAGUGCUAAAGGAAUUGGCGGUUGUGAUUGCAGAGCCAUUGGCCAUUAUCUUUGAAAACUUGUGGCGAACGGGGGAAGUCCUGGAUGACUGGAAAAAGGCUAAUGUAGUGCCAAUCUUUAAAAAAGGGAAGAAGGAGGAUCCUGGGAACUACAGGCCAGUCAGCCUCACCUCAGUCCCCGGAAAAAUCAUGGAGCAGGUCCUCAAAGAAUCAAUCCUGAAGCACUUACAUGAGAGGAAGGUGAUCAGGAACAGUCAGCAUGGAUUCACCAAGGGAAGGUCAUACCUGACUAAUCUAAUCGCCUUCUAUGAUGAGAUUACUGGUUCUGUGGAUGAAGGGAAAGCAGUGGAUGUAUUGUUUCUUGACUUUAGCAAAGCUUUUGACACGGUCUCCCACAGUAUUCUUGUCAGCAAGUUAAAGAAGUAUGGGCUGGAUGAAUGCACUAUAAGGGAACUUCUGGACAUGACCUGCCGUCUUGCCAACACACUGAAGAAAUAUGGAGUACAAAAAGGGGACAGGGUUGCAAUCUAUAUGCCUGUGACUCCACUGGCUGUGACUGCCAUGUUGGCUUGUGCCAGAAUUGGUGCUGUUCAUACAGUGGUCUUUGCUGGAUUCAGUGCAGAAUCUUUAGCUGGGAGGAUCAUUGAUUCUGGCUGCAAAGCUGUCAUUACCUACAACCAGGGAGUCAGGGGAGGACGAGUUGUAGAGCUGAAGAAGACUGUGGAUGAAGCUGUAAAGAAUUGUCCAAGUGUCAAGCAUGUCUUUGUGGCUCAGAGAACAGACAACGCAGUCCCCAUGGGUAAUCGUGACAUUCCUCUUGAAGAAGAGAUGGCCAAGGAGGCUCCUGUGUGUGCUCCUGAAAGCAUGGACAGUGAAGACCUGCUGUUCAUGCUUUACACCUCCGGGAGCACAGGAAAACCCAAAGGGAUUGUUCACACUCAAGCUGGGUAUCUGCUUUAUGCUGCUGUGACACACAAGCAUGUGUUUGACUACCAGCAAGGUGAUGUUUUUGGUUGUGUGGCUGAUACUGGCUGGAUCACAGGACAUAGCUAUGUUGUAUAUGGACCACUCUGUAAUGGAGGCACCUCUGUCCUGUUUGAAAGCACUCCACUGUAUCCUGACCCAGGUCGUUAUUGGGAAACUGUACAGAGGUUAAAAAUUAAUCAGUUUUACGGUGCACCUACUGCUGUACGCCUGCUGCUGAAGUAUGGAGAUAAGUGGGUGAAGAAGUAUGACAGAUCUUCCUUAAAAACCCUGGGAUCAGUGGGAGAACCAAUUAACCAUGAAGCUUGGCAAUGGUUCUACAAUGUAGUGGGAGACAGCCGGUGCACCCUUGUUGACACCUGGUGGCAAACAGAAACAGGCGGCAUCUGCAUUGCUCCCCGGCCCUCGGAGGAAGGAGCUGACAUCAUUCCUGCUAUGGCAAUGAGACCGUUCUUUGGGAUUGUCCCGGCACUGAUGGAUGAGAACGGAAGAGUUAUAGAAGGAAAUGAUGUCUCUGGUGCUCUGUGCAUUGCACAGCCCUGGCCUGGCCUGGCGAGAACCAUCUAUGGAGAUGAUCAGAGAUUUAUAGAUACUUAUUUCAAAAAGUAUCCAGGUUAUUAUUUCACAGGGGAUAGUGCCUAUAGAUCCUCAGAGGGGUAUUACCAAAUAACAGGGCGGAUGGAUGAUGUCAUAAAUAUCAGCGGUCACAGGCUUGGAACUGCAGAGAUUGAAGAUGCUAUGGAUGAACAUCCGGCUGUGCCUGAAACAGCUGUGAUUGGUUACCCCCAUGAGAUCAAAGGAGAAGGUGCCUUUGCUUUCAUAGUGUUAAAAGAAGACACAGCUCAUAUAGAACGUGUUAAAGAAGAACUCAGAUCUAUUGUUGCUUCCAAGAUCGCAAAGUAUGCUGUGCCUGAUCAUGUUCUGGUUGUGAAACGCCUUCCUAAAACGCGAUCUGGGAAAAUUAUGAGAAGGGUACUGAAGAAAAUAGUCGCUGACCAAUCCAGUGAUUUGGGAGAUACCACCACGUUGGAUGAUCCAAACGUCAUCGCAGAAAUACUAGAUGCCUACCAGAAAUACAAAACCGAGCAGUCUGCAUCUUCAUAGGAAGGUCUUGAGUCUCUUUCCAAAAGAAAUUCAGAGAAACAACCAACCAUCCAGCUCUUUCAUGGACUAUCAUCAAAUUCUGCUCACUCCUAAGAGAACAAAAUGAUGAUUCCUCUCACAACAUACUCUAUAAUCUAUCCUAGACCAUGGUAUACAGCUGCCUUCUCUUUCCUUGGAAACCAUGGAAUACACACUGUGAAGCAUCAUAUUUUAAGAACCUUCUGAACAAGUGCCUGACUGAAUUUGCCAAAACUAAGUGUUUUCACACUAUUUUUAGGGAAAAUGUAUAGCAGCCUUUUUAGGUUUCCACUAGCUGCAUUAAAAAUAAACAGCUAGUAAAAUGUUUAUGACUGUUGAGGUAGGUGAUAUUUUUAAUGCUUGAAGCAAUACUUCCCCCCCCUCUGCUCCCAGACACUCAUGGGGAGAGAUUUUAUAAUACAUUUUGCCAUUUUGGAGAAUAGUCAGUGAAUGUAUAUCUUCAAUUUUUCAUUCCACUUAGAAUCAUAUGGGCUGGAAGGGACCUUGAGGAGUCAUCAAGUCCAGCCCCUUACCUGAGGCAGGACCAAGCUAGACUAUCCCUGAUAGAGGUUUGUCCAACCUGUUCUUAAACACAUCCAAUGAUGGGAAAGCCACAACUUAAAUCUGACUUGGUUAUCCCAGUUCAGGUAGCUGCAACAGUGGUGUCUUUUUAGCAAUGCUAUAUACUGCGAUGUAUAUUGUAUGUGCACUAUUUGUGAAAUGGAUCACAAUCAAGUUGCCAUAUUCUUUUCAUUACAGUUGGUUUGGUGCCUGAUCAUGGUUUUAGACCUCACCACACUUGGCUCAAAACAGUCAAUCGGGGGUCCAAAGGGUCCCAGACUUUCCCUUGUCUUCUCCCAACUCAAUGAACCUAGGCCCAGAUCCUCAAAGGUCUUUAGGUCCCUAACUCUCAUUGAAAUCAAUGGCAUUGAAGCACCUAAUUACCUCUGAAGAGCAGCACCUACUUCCUUCUCGGUAACAUGGAUCUCGGCACCCAUCUGAACCUGGAGCUGAUUAGCCUCCUGUAAGCCCACGUUGCCUCAUGUCCCAGCUGCAUAGGGAUGGAGCAUGCAGCUGUCACUUACUCUGCAUUUACAUCUCUCUUUCCACCAGUGCCACUCAGGCCCUCCUGGCAACUGGGGAAAAGGAAAGAACAGAAGCAAGAUCACACAAGGGGUCUGUGGCAGAGGCAGGACUUGAAAUCCAGUACUCUUGAGUUUUAGCCACAAGGUCAUCCGUCCUACCCAUCUACAUGGGGAUUUAGCCUUAGGAUAUUUUGAAACUCUUAGGGAACUGGCUAGUACCCAGGUUCACUCACUGCUGGGGUGUCUCCUUGUGGCUGCAUCUGUGGAGUAGCUCUGCCUGGUCUGACUUCCCUUUCCUUUCCUUCGCUUGCGCUGCAGGCCCUCUUGCUCUCUUGUUGUAGCAGUGCUUCCUCCUUGUCGCUUGGUGCCCUGGCCAGGUCACUAUAGUUGUCUCCUUGUGGGGUAACAAAGUCUCACUGGACCAGCUGUCUGGGUGCCAUUCCAGGCAGUCCUCCCAUUCCAGACUAUGUCACUUUCCCCGUGGCUGGUAGGAGAACCCUGGUGCUACUCCAGGUUCCACUAGGAACCCUAUCAGCAGCAGCCAAGGUCUGCACAGUCCCAUCCCCUGCUGCCAUUUCCUACUCCAUCUUCCACGGGCUUUCUUCUUCAUCCUCUGGGUAAGCCCUUUCUUCAGGGUCAGGAUCCCAAGGUUUCUGCUCCACCCCUGGGUUUCCUCCUCACCACCUCUCUGCUCCCAGAGAGUGACUGCAGACCUCCACACUGUAGCACCUUCUGCUCUCAUUUCCUGGCUUUAUACAAGCCCCCACUUACUCCUGCCUAGGUGGACUCCAUAUUCAGUGAGUGCUUAUCAGUCAAGCUCAGGUCUCCCAGGUGCAGUUUACCAGGUUAAGUAGCUCCUUCCAAGCCACCUUAAUCCCUUCAGAGUGGUGUGGAGUGAACAAUCCCACAACAGCUCGUCAGCACUGAGGGUCUCUCACAUUCUGAAGAACAGAAAAAGUGAGCAACAUCUGGGACUUGUUACAGUGUAAUGAAUUUGUGUGACCUUGGGUGAGGCACUUCACCUCCCUGUGCCCCAGAGCCUCAUCUGCAAAAUGGGGACACUUGUGCUUCCCUGCCUCACGGGGGCUCAGGAAUGGCAGCGACAGGGGUGAUGUGAGAGGUGUAAUUCUCUUGCUGCUAUCUUGGUGCUGAAGUAGCCACCAUGACUUGCUAAGCAUCGCUUUUGUUUUAGGCAGGGAAUGGCUUCCCCACUUCCAAAUAUCCCUUUCACGUGUAGACACAGGGCCAGCCCCUGCUGAAUUUUACCGGCAGGGGAUGCAGACUCCACGCAUGGGCUUCCUGAAUAGAUAAUUUUCUUUUCUGCUGUGGUGUUGUAGCUAUGUUGGUCCUGGGAUAUGAAAGAAGUAAUAUCUUUUAUUGGACAUGUCUGUUGGUGGAAGAGACAGAGUCAAACAUACAGAGCUCUGUGUGGCAUGAAAGCUCGUCUUUAAUUAUUUUCCUGGUCAGUAGCUAAUAAAUGUAAUAGAUUAAAAUCAUGUUUUAGGAGUAUCCCUCCCUUUCUAGUGCUAGUGAUGCUAAAUUGUCUUUCCAUUCUACUCCCAUUGAAAGAAUUCUCUGCAAGGUGUGUGAUUAGAGCUUUGUUGCAUGUUCCACCGGGAACAAGGGGAAGGAAAAUCACUUUUAAACUACUUAAGGAAAAUAAUUAGAAUAGGAUAGGGAAAAAAUAAGGGGUACAGAAAUUCAUGGUCUUUUAUAACAGUUUAAAUGUUUCAGAGUUUACAUUAUUACUGUUUAAUUUGUAUGUUACCUUGGCACCAGGCAUUCGGGAGUGCUAAUCUGGAAGUGGACUGAUUGGUGCAUGAAGAUUUUCCUGCUCCCUUUUGGGUAUUAGGAGGUUAGAAUAUACUCUGUCGGUAAUUGGGCAUAGGUCAGUGCUUCACAAGCAGUAGCUACAUCAAAUAGUUAAGUGAUUGCCACAGUAAUUUCUACACUAUUGUGCACCAUUUGGAGUCACUGAGCCAAAACUUGCAAUCCUACUGCAAAUCUAAUUUAGGGUUAGGGUAAGGCUAAACUUUGUGGGCUUCAGGGAGCUGCAGGAUUUGGCCCAGGAUCAGAGUAACAUAUUUUAUCUGUCUAUAUUAGAGCAAUAGCCUAUAGCAAGGGUAGCUAUGAGCUCUUGAGCCAUAUAAAGGAUUAUGAUGCCAGGUCACUAAACAUGAAAGCAAAUCUCAAACUGCUUGUGUAUAAUCUGACUCCUCAGAAAUAUGCAUUCUUAGAUCACACUUUGCCUGUGUUGCAUACUUUACAGAGAGUGACCUUUGUACAUAUGCAUAUUAGAUUAAUCUGUCAUUUUUAUUGUCACUAGGGACUGCAGUAUUAAUGAAAUACAAUAAGCAGGAUCCCCCUCUUCCAUGGAAAAUCCUCAGAGCUUCCUCCACAUCUCUCCAGGGCAUUGCCCAUUCCUGUGCAAAAAAAGCAGUGAGGCCCCCCCAUGCCCUUGUAACCCCCUUUGAUCCAUGGGGAGGGCCUGUGAUGUCCCAGGACUAGAGAUCCAGACGCUCUCUCCCUUACAAGUGUGCAGUUAGAAGGCUAUUAAAACUCCAAAAGAUGCCCAUCCUAUGUUUCUUCCAGCACCAUUAAAGAAAACCAUUAAAAAAGUGCUCUUCAAACAGAAAUCAUUCAGAAAUGCUUUUUACAGAGUCGACAGACUCACUUGUUCAAACACUUGUAAAAUGGCCUCCAUAGUAAUGAAGAUUAAUGUUGGGGAAGAAAAACAACCUUUUAUGAGGACUGCACAAGUCACAUAAAAGCAACGAAACUAUUUACUAUAUUGUGGGAAUAAUGGACUUUUUUGUACUGGAGUAACCUCAAGUUUCCAACAUAAGUCUUGAUACUGUAAACACUUUCACGCGUGCUUCUUUGCUCACCUGAACAGUCCCUCUGAGAUGACACAGGUGAGUAAAGUUAAGUGUGUGGGUAAGGGUUUGCUGGUUUGGGGCCACAGUCUCUUCAUUCAUCAUCUGCUCUGGUGAGUGGGGCAAAGCCAUAUCUUCUGUUCGUAAUGUGUGUCUUAACAUAAAAGUACCAAUGGAACUUAGCUGAUACAAAGGUUACAAAUUUAUUGAUGUAACUGUUCAGUCCAGAAGGGGCCAAAUUCAUAGCAAUAACCUUUAUGUAGUGGUAUGUACAAAGUAUGCACAUAUUCUUGUAUUUCAGUCAUAAGGAGCCAGAAACCUUGUGAAUUUCUAAAGUCAUGUAAACAACUCUACUAAAAUCAUUUUAAAAGUAACCCAUUAAGCAAGAUCAGAACACUUCAUGCCAAGUGAGUAUUGCAAUUAACUGUGAAUCCUCAGCGCCUCUUCUUCCUUGCAAUGAUUUCCAUAAAUUAGUCAAGCUGUUGAAGAUGUGUCCUGAAGUAGGUAUUGCUGCUUUGAGGUAACCCCCGUUUGGCAGGGCUCAGGACUAACUUUACAUCUUGCAAGAAAUGAAAUAUGCUCAUAGACGACUUUGCCACGAUGAAACUUUCCAACUAAUAGGUAAAGUACUAAUAUUUUUUUCUGAUCUCCUAUUAAAUUAUGGAGGUGCUGGCUGCAGCCCUAAAGGAAGGUUGAAUUGAGUUUUGCACUUAAUACUCUGUACUUCACCACUAUCUUGGUGCCUAAUUAAAAAUGUGCAUUCUAGCUUGUAGGCAAUCACGUAGUAAGACAUUAAUGAAACAUUUUAAAGGAUGAGGGACCAUAGUCCUCUCAAGGAGAGAGUCACUCACUGAACACUCUUGCGGCUCUGCUCUGAAAGCUGUUCUGUGCAGGUAGGCAGUCACAUUUACAAGCCCCACUGAAGUCAUUAGGGGUUCAUAGGGUCCUGUCCCUGUGGAUCAGCUUGCAGGAUUGGCCUUAAAAUGUACUUAUCUCUUUCCUUGGAAUGUUGGAGGAUAUGAAGCUUCCAAAUAGCCAUAUGCCUUCCUCCUCUUGAAAUUGCUCCUCACGCAAGCUGGUCACGUAGGAGCUAGAGAUAUGCAAAACAUUUGAAAGACGGGGAACGGAACAGAUUUACUGAUGUUGGCUUCAUUAACAAAGAACAAAAGCAAAGGUAAUGGAAUCUUCCAAACAUCUUAUUGGCCAACAUUAGCUCGUAAAAUUGUAUUUUCCAGAUCACAUUUGCCUUUGCUGCAGCUGAUAUAGCAUCCUGAAUUACCUUUACACUCUUUUUAAACUGAAGGGCUACCAGGAAAUUUUAAACAGGGAAAUAAGAUUUUGCAUUGACUACAAAUUCUUUGUCUGUUGCCACAAUUGGUUAGACUCUAAGGUGCCACAAGUACUCCUUUUCUUUUCACAAUCUUGUAGUGAACCAAAUGCUUUCUGUACAGAUUUGUGUACAUGUCUAACCUGCACAUUGUUUCAUUACUCCACUCUCCACCUAUGACUUUUAGCCAUAUUGCCUUUUUUCCCCCUCUGUGGAUAUGCACGUUUGUUAAAUACUGUGGACAUAGGCCAUGAGUCUCUUAAUUUUAUUUAAGUCAUUGUUUUGUAGAUGUGGGAUAUAAAUAUGGAACAAAUUAACAAAGCACCUUGAACUUCUAUUUUAUUGUAAUCAUAUGGUUUAAAUAAAAAUUUGUUUUUUGACCAGGAUCCAGAUCCUCACAGGUGUUUAGGCACCAGAGCCUAUAUGCCUGUGAAGAUCUGGGCACAAGUGCCUUAAAACUAGACUCUGGAAUAAUAUAUGUACUCAGAUUUUCAUUAAAAGAAAUCCCUGUCCCUGUAUAUAA